ACGCAAAGAGAGAGAAAAGAGCCAUCCUCUCUCUCUCUCUCUCUCUCUCUCUCCCCCUCCCUCUCCAUCUGCUGUCUCUGAAUCUUUUCCUCCGCGAGAAGCUAGGGUUUGUAGGAUCAAUGGAGUUCUCCGUGAGCUCAUAAUAGGAGUAAAUUAGGGUUUCUGGUUCGUGUUUGAAGAGAUUCCGAGUAGGCAGCGAGGUAGGAGAUGGGACUCUGCCAUGGCAAACCUCGGCCGACGAUCGACGGUGAUCUCAAUGGAGGAGGUUCAGCAGAAGAAGUAGUAGUAGUAGUAGGAGCGGGAGGAGUUGGAGGAGGUGGUGGUGUGGGGAAAGGGGUUGCGUUGCCGUCUCCGGCGAGGAACGGCGAGAGACGGGCGGAGGAGAUCAGCAAGCCCUCGCCCUUCCCCUUCUACACCCCGAGCCCCGCCCGUCUCUUCAACAAGAACUCAUCCUCCGCGAAUUCAACCCCCCGCAGGUUCUUCAAGCGCCCGUUCCCGCCGCCAUCGCCAGCUAAGCACAUCCGAGCGGCGCUCGCCAGGCGUCAUGGCUCGGUGAAGCCGAACGAGGUGGCGAUCCCCGAGGGGAGCGAGGCGGAAUACGGGCUAGACAAGAGCUUCGCGUUUUCUAAGCACUUCGCAUCCAAGUACGAGUUGGGGGACGAGAUAGGGCGAGGUCACUUCGGGUAUACGUGCACGGCGAGGUUCAAGAAGGGGGAGCUCAGGGGGCAGCAGGUGGCUGUGAAGAUCAUUCCCAAAGCGAAGAUGACCACAGCCAUUGCUAUUGAGGAUGUCCGUAGGGAGGUGAAGAUUUUGAGAGCAUUGACAGGACACAGCAAUCUAGUACAAUUUUAUGAUGCUUAUGAAGAUCAUGACAACGUUUACAUAGUAAUGGAAUUAUGUGAAGGAGGGGAACUUCUUGAUAGGAUACUUGCCAGGGGUGGGAAAUACUCUGAGGAUGAUGCCAAGGCUGUUAUGGUGCAGAUUCUAAAUGUGGUGGCAUUUUGCCAUCUCCAAGGUGUUGUUCAUCGUGACCUCAAGCCAGAGAAUUUUCUUUUCACUACAAAGGAUGAAAACUCUCAGUUGAAGGCCAUAGAUUUUGGAUUAUCAGAUUUUGUAAAGCCAGAGGAAAGGCUGAAUGACAUAGUAGGAAGUGCAUACUAUGUUGCACCUGAAGUUUUACAUAGGUCUUAUAGUACAGAGGCUGAUGUCUGGAGCAUUGGUGUAAUUGCUUAUAUUCUCCUCUGUGGGAGCCGUCCUUUUUGGGCACGAACUGAAUCUGGUAUUUUUCGGGCUGUCCUAAAAGCUGAUCCUAGUUUUGAUGAACCACCAUGGCCAUCAUUAUCUUCUGAAGCGAAAGACUUUGUGAGGCGGUUAUUGAAUAAGGAUUUGCGGAAGCGAAUGUCAGCUGCUCAAGCUUUGAGCCAUCCCUGGAUCAGAAAUUACAACAAUGCAAAGGUACCAUUGGAUGUCCUAGUAUUCAAACUGAUUAAGGCCUAUUUACGCUCAUCAUCACUACGCAAGGCAGCUUUGAGGGCUCUGUCAAAGACCCUGACGGUUGAUGAGGUUUAUUACUUGAGAGAACAGUUUACGCUACUGGAGCCAAACAAAAAUGGAUGCAUUUCCCUGGAUAAUAUCCGGAUGGCUUUGUCGAAGCAUGCAACAGAAGCAAUGAAGGAGUCCCGUGUCCUUGAAUUUGUAAAUUCAAUGAGUGCUCUUCAGUAUAGAAAAAUGGAUUUUGAAGAGUUCUGUGCUGCUGCAAUAAGCGUGCAUCAGCUUGAAGGACUUGAUAGAUGGGAGCAACAUGCUCGCAGUGCGUACGAGCUCUUUGAGAAGGACGGGAACAGAGCGCUUGUUAUUGAGGAGCUUGCAACGGAACUUGGUCUUGCUCCUGCUGCACCAGUGCACACGGUUCUCCAUGAUUGGAUCAGACAGGCAGAUGGGAAACUUAGUUUCCUGGGUUUUGUUAAACUGUUGCAUGGUGUGUCAUCACGGUCUUUUGCCAAAGCGUAGCAGUUUGGCAUGUCAAGACAUUGUCAGUUAUCUGUGUACCCAACCAGGGCUUUCCGUCUAAGCAAGGUGUCACCACACAGCAGCUAUGGGCCAACCAUGUUCUCAAAUUUCCUGAGUUCCAAGAAGCAGGGGGUUCAGAACUUCAAGCCUGGCACCAUGUAACAGCUAGCUUGGUCUACCAUCCUUCUGCUGCACGACAAAUUGGAAUAGGUUAAUGUGAAAUCUUCUUUGAUUGUGAUGAGAAAAUAUGUCGUCAUUCUGUGGGUAAUUCCUUUUUUCUUUUCCUUUUUCAGCGUGAGCAGUUCAAAAUCCAGCAUAUUGACUGGAUUUACACUGUAAAAUUGGGGUUGGUGUUGGGAACGGUUUUGGUGUUCCAGGGGUGAGAUCAGCACCCGUUCAACCGUUGUUUUGGCUUUCAGUAAUGGUGUAUAUGUUCACCACUUUCCAGUGGUUCCGUUCUAUUUUAAUUUUUGCUAAUCAUCAAUAUUCA